GCUCCCCUUCCAUCCUCUCCUUCUAUAGCCAGCCUCCAAGAGAGAGCGAGCGAGAGCCAUGGACUUCGGCGACCACCAGCAGGGGGGCUCCGACAGCCAGCAGCAGCUGCAGGAGCGCCGGAAGCGCCAACGCCGCCACGCACAGGAGCAGGUCCAGAAGUUGGAGGAGUCGUACAAGAAGUACGACCACCCCAAUGAGAUCCAGUGCGCUCAGCUUGGACGCGAGCUUGGUCUGGAGACCAAGCAGGUCAGAUCCUGGUUCCAGAACCACCGGACACAGAUCAAGAUUGAGCACGAGCGGCUGGAGAACCGCUUCCUCCGCUGGGAGAACACAAGUCUCCGCUCCGAGAUCAUGGCAGUGCGGGAGGCGCUCAAGAACUCCGCCACCUGCCCCCACUGCGUCCUCAAGGACUGCAUCGACCAGCAGGAGCUCAAUCGGGAGAACGCUCGCCUCAAGGCGGGGCUCCUCCACUGCACUACAUCUUUCCAGAUGAACCCUAGCUUUACUUUUUGCAUGUCGACGUUCCUCCGCCAUGCUUUCGGCGAGGAAAUUGUAUGACCAAACAUGCAUAAGUUCGAAUAAACUAGUACAAGGUUUCGAAUAAGAGACAUGAUUUGGUCCUGAAUAAUUCUUAGUUGUCAGAUCUUCAUCGAGUCGUGGGCAAUUUGUUGUGCGUUUGUGUUGUAACUGAGGACUGUGCCUACACAAACUGCCGCAGAAGUCUUGUACUCUAGUUCGUACUCAUUUAUUAGUUGGAGCCACCAUAGGAAGCUCCAACAUUACUCCUGGGAGAAGUCAGAACAAAGGAGAUCUACCUACUCAAUUCGAUGUAUGAGAUUAUAUUUCAUGAAGAGCCGGUUCUGCUA